UGCACUGCUGUUUGCACUGCGACAGCAUUUAAACCAUGUUCAGCGUUGUAUUCAAACGUAUGCGUUGUAAUCUCACAAUGCAAGAUUGAUUCUUGAUAACACACCGGCAUUUUAUAACGAUGCUUUUCGGAUUAUUUCGUUAUUUAGUUGAAAUCAACCUACAAUGAAAACAAUACAUAUUUUACACACUAUCACCACCUAGUGGCAAAUACUGUAUUACAACAAUUAUUACAUUUCCGGUUCAUAGUUCGCACAACAGGAAGCUCAAGAAAACCAUGUGGUAAACAGUAAAGCAAUGCGAGUGGUGGAGUAGACAUCAUCUCUGUCUGGACAUUGUCGACAGAUUAUCAAAACUCUCGUGAAGUUUAUUGCAAUGUAGAGUACCAGGCACCUUAAACGUCGGUCUGCUGUUUGUAAUUGUAAGAGUGGUAAGCAUUAGGUAAUAAACUACCUUCCUUAUAUUUUCCCCUCAACAUGGCAACACUCAUGCCUCAGAUUAGAAAAGGCACGAAGAGAGUUCAUGACCCUGGCGUGGACUUGGAAGAAGAAGCAAGCAGAAGAGAAAAGAACGUCAAGUCAGUGAAAGCGUUGGGUGAGGAGGAUGCAUCUGUCAAAGUCCUGGAGGAUCUCGUCUUUGGUGCAGGAGACGAGUUGGUGGAGAGGUUGGAGCAGCAUGACUCAGAUGACAUGAUGGGUGGCUUGCUGGAUGAUGAAGAGGAGUCCAGUGAUGAAGAGGUGACAAAUGAAUCCCGACUGCAGCUCCCAGGAGCCAGGAAAGCUGUCUGGCAGGAUGACGAUGAUGAAGUCGACGAAGAUGUGGACAUGGGGCACCGCUUUCGCAAGGACUUCACCAAAGGUGAUGCUGAAUCCAUCAUGAGUAAAGAGAAACUACAGCACCGGCUAAAAGAACAGUUCCAGAAGUCUAUGGGUGGAGCUCCUGCAUGGGCAGAGAGAGAUGUCAGGAAGAAGAAAAAAGAUGCUGGUGAUGAAGAUGAGGAUGACGAAGAUGACUUGAUGCGAAAGACUGGCAACUUCGUGGGGAAAUCUGAGAGUCUGCCCAAAGGAGUGUUAAGAUUGAAGAAGUGUCUUAAUGCAAACAACGACAGGCCUGCUGAUGAUCGACUGACCACUGUGCAGUUUCACCCCUCCGCUCAAGUGGUCAUGACGGCAGGACUUGACCAUUCCAUCUCGCUAUUUCAGGUUGAUGGCAAGACAAACCCUAAGAUUCAGAGCAUUCACUUAGAGAAGUUUCCGGUGAACAAGGCGUGUUUCAGCAUGGACGGGGAACAGGUGAUCGCCACCGGCUUAAGAAAUAAACUCUUCUACAUCUACGACAUGAUGGAGGGCAAGAUCAUCCCUGUGCCUACAGUCAGAGGUCUGAGUGAGCAGAGAGUGAAGGAGUUUGAGGUUUCUCCAGAGGGUGACUUCCUGCUUCUCACCGGCUCCUCUGGGUACCUCCAUCUCAUGACCAUGAAGACAAAGGAGGUCAUCCGAAGUAUGAAAGUGAGUGGAAAUGUGUGUGGGACCGCUUUCUCGGCAGACGGCAGUAAGAUCUUCUCCAAAUCAGAGGAGGGCGAGGUGUUCAUCUGGGAUGCGAGGAGCAGCAAGUGUCUUAGUCGCUUCCCAGAUGAGGGCUGUGUGAAGGGCACCUCCAUUGCUGUGUCCAGAGACGGGCAGUACCUGGCCUGCGGCUCCCAGUCAGGUGUGGUAAACCUGUACUCCCAGCAGGCGUGCCUGCGCGAGGCAGAGCCCAAGCCUCUGAAGGCCAUCAUGAACCUGGUGACGGCGGCCACAGCGCUGCGCUUCAACCCCUCGUCAGAGAUCCUCGCUAUCGCCUCCCGCGCUGAAGACGAGGCCAACAAACUGGUCCACCUUCCCAGUUUCACGGUGUUCUCCAACUUCCCGGUGUUCCGGCGGAAGACCAUCUACCGGACGUACUGCCUUGACUUCUCUCCCAACAGCGGCUUCUACUCUGUGGCCAACAACAAGGGAGACGCCCUGCUCUUCAGGCUACUACAUUACAAGGACUUUUGAACACUUGUCUUUGGACCGAAGAGGGAUGAUCAUCAGUCUUUUUUUUUUUUUUAAAUCAUGGCUUUGGUGGGAGAGGUUUGCCGUUUUUCUGGACGGUCUAUAGCCGGGGCCUCCUCCAGUGGGCCCUGUGUCGACCACCAUUUUGUAUUUCAAGAGACUGUUUUCAAUUUUUAUUUUGUAGUGCUCAGCAUGUGAUGUUAAAAUAUCCAAUGGAUAUUGUGCUCUAUGAAAUUAUAAAUAUAAACGUCAACAUGUGUUAUUA